AGUUAACAUAUAUACAUAUGUACGAUAGUCGGAUAAUUUGCAUUCGCAUUAUUUGAAUUUCUCAGUAUGACUUAAAUAUAACAUUUCCUUUAGAAUACAUAUAUAUGGUUAAAAAAAGAAAAAUGUAUUACGAGAAUAUAUAAAUAUAUAUCUAUACAUUUAUAAAUAAAUCUAUCAUUUCCGAAUAGCUUGAAAUCCUUCGCGAAGAAUGUUCGUGUACUAUGUUUGAGUAUCGAGAUAGAGGCAAGUUAAAUGCUGAUAAAAAAAAAAAAAGAAAAAAAAACAAUCAUCGCAAACAUAUAAAAUGUGUUUUCAUGACACAAUAGACCGGUAGUGAUCGUGUAAUGUAAAUCGUAGCUAACACUUUUUAUUUCACAAGAAGUAUUGUCGAUCACUUCAACAACGAUCCUCUGUCAUUGAUCCUUGACAUCUUAUCAUUGAAAAACGUAGUGCGAUGAACACAUAAUAUUAAUAAAUCAUUUGAUAAUACUUCACUCAAGAAAAUAAUAAGAGAUCAUAAUUCAUUUAUCGACGAGAAGCCACCAGUGCGCGUUGAAGAGAAAAAUUAAUAAAAAAGAGAAAAGGAAAAGAGAAGAAACAAGAUGACUCUGCAUUCAAGAAAUUGACGUUUCUACGACUAUACAUUGAGCUGUGAUUCCAUCAAAAGUUCUUGGAACUUUCUUCAGGAUAACUCAUAGAAUUGUUUUUAUCUUUUUUCAUGAGACAAUUUCUUUACGAGUGGACACUUGAUCAACGAUACAUCGACUCGUUCGUAAAAAUAUUUUUGUAUUCGAUGUGAAUGGAUUGCUUCGCUUCCAUUUAAAAAAGAUAUAUUUCGAAGGAACUUCAAUAUGUGAUGUUAUGACGAUAAGAAGGUUAUUUCGACAAGAGCGGAAGUCGAUAUGAAUAUUCAAUUGAUAAAAUAUUCAGUCGUACAUAAAUUCGUGCAACAAUACGUAUAGUGCACAAUCGUCUUUAAAAAGUUAUUCAGAUUAGUACAGUGAUCCAUCAAGUGGUGACGAUAAAAAAAUUUUUGUUGUCCUAAAAGAAUAAAUAAUAAUGAAUGAGAAAGAAAACUCGUCGUUUAUAACUGACUAUCAAGAAGAUGGCAGAGACGAGUAUCUCGCUAAAUGGGAAAUCACACUUUUAACGACUAUAUUUAUUAUCACUGUAUUCGGAAAUAGUUUGGUGUUGUUUUCUAUCUAUUUAAGGAGAUAUCGUGCCCGUAAAAAACUCACCAGAAUGUACUUCUUCAUUAUGAAUCUUAGCAUCGCAGAUUUGUUGACAGGUCUACUCGAUGUUCUACCUCAACUCGCUUGGGAUAUUACUUUCAGAUUUCAGGGUGGGCCAGUGCUCUGUAAACUGAUGAAAUUCUUUCAACCGUUCGGUCCUUAUUUAAGUUCUUAUAUUUUAACGGCAACGGCGAUCGACAGAUAUCAUGCAAUUUGUCAUCCUCUCAGUUAUUGCAGCGUUACGUCUAGAAAAUCGAGAAUAAUGGUUUAUUGGGCUUGGUCUAUCGCAUUUAUCCUAUGUAUACCCCAGUUAUUCGUGUUUUCGUAUCAAGAAAUAACGCCAGGAAUUUGGGACUGCUGGGCAACUUUUGACAUAAAGUUCGGCGAAAGAGCGUACGUCACAUGGUACAGUCUAAUGGUCUUCCUCUUACCAUUCAUCGUUCUGGUAUAUACCUACGUUGGAAUCUGUAUUGGUGUGUGGCAAAGUAAUAAAAUGUCCGGUGCUGUAGACGAUAGAACGUACAUUAGAAGUGUCAGCGGGUUUGCUCGUAAUCGAAGUUCAUUCAUUUCUAAGGCAAUGAUCAAUACCGUAAAACAGACUAUAGCUGUAAUCACUCUCUAUGUUAUAACGAGCAUUCCGUUCAUCGGAUGUGAACUCUGGGCAACCUGGGAUCCUGAAGCUUCCAAAUCCUCUUUCGUUACUGGUCCCACGUUCACCAUUCUGGCCCUUUUAAAUAGUUUAACCAGCUGCGUUAAUCCAUGGAUAUAUUUAUCAUUUAAUCAAGAACUACGCUUAAUGUUAAUGAAUUAUUUCUGCAACCGGCACGAAUAUUACGGUCACGGAAUAAUACGUUGCAGUAACUCAAACGACACAUCGACGAGGACAUCGUUGAUGUCCAGAAUAUCGCGAUAUGCUGGUUCAGUAAUAUUCCGCUAACGAAGAGUUUUAGUAAUAUUAUCACUUGACGAUAUCUACAAGUCAAAAAAAAAAAAGGAAAAAAAAAGAAAAGAAAAGAUCGAAAUAUAUUUUCUCGUCUCUUUUCGACAACACGUGGAGUCAUCAGAAGACGAUAUUAAUUAGCUUUUAAUUUUAAUCUGUAAUGUUAAAGAAAUAUUUUUAUUAUGUAAAGGCAGUCCCACAAAUUGUUCCAUUAAAUACACGUUUUUUUAUUUUUUUA